CGAAAUGGUAUCAGUCGUCCCAGGCUUAGCCAAAGCUAAACAACCCACUUUACUCUCAACACUAACCCAGCUCUUUUCAAGUGAAAACCAUCCAAACGAAAAAUGGCCAAAUUCCAAUUCGCUAUUGUCAUGCUCCUCGUAGCUUUCGCCGUUUUGGGCUGUGAAGCUCAAAGACAACACCGUGGUCGUCCAGUUCGUCUCAUCCAACGCAACCGUAAAUUGGCCCGCCAAGAAGUCGAAGAACCCAUUACUCCCUAUCCCUCGGCCGAUGAAUUGAAGCCCGAAGUGCCCUUCGAAGAAGUUGCCCCCACUGAUUUCCCCGUCGAGGAAAGUGAAGUUGCCCCCGAAGCCAGUGAGCCCAUUCCCGAUGAAGUCUAUGGUCCACCUGAGGUCUCUGUCUUGUACAACACUCCCGAUGAGGUCUAUGGCCCUCCUGAACUCGACGCCAAUGCUUUGCCCGCUGAAGUUGUCUUGGCCCGCCAAAGACAACGUCAAGCUCGUUUGGUAAAGGCCCGCCGUCAAGCCGCCUAUCGUCAAGCUAAGUUGGCUAAAUUGCGUGCCGCCAAGAAAACCACUGCCUAAGAAGAGC